AUGCGUUCUUCCAUUCUUUUCUCUACCUGGGCAGCUGGUCUAGCCCAAGCAUACACCGUCACCAACACCGAUCUAUUCAUGUUCAAGAAUAUCGACCCUAUCAUGCUACCGGGACAAUACACUAGCCACAUGCAUAGCUUCUUUGGCUCUGAUGCCGUGACUGUCAAUACGACUACAUCUGCGGAACUGCAAAAGGGUUGCUCGUCCACCGAGAACCCCAACGACUUCUCGACCUACUGGGUCCCAACCCUCUACCUUGUACAGGAUGGCAAACACACCGCCAUAACCCCAAUGCGUUUCAGCGCCUAUUACGAGAACCUGAACUCAGCCGAGAUCGCCAUCCCACAAAACUACAAGGACGUUGCCGGCAACGCCUCGGCCCAAUCACAAGAUGUUCUAGAAAGCAACGCAGGAAUGAAAUGGUUCUGUGAAGGGGAUUCGGAGGACGAAGACGUAGAUGACGCUGCAUUCCCAACAAAGACCUGCUCGACGCACCUGCAAACCCUCCUCCUUUUCCACGACUGUGCCAACCCGGACACCCUUGAGGCGGCGUACUCCGAGAAUCCUAAUUAUUUCCCGACAUAUGGAGAGAAUUAUUGUCCCAAGGGUAUGUACCGGAUUCCGCAGCUGCGGUUCUCUAUUCGCUAUGAUCUCCGCAAACUUCUUCCCGAUGGUUGGGAGGGACAGCCGCCUCUGGAGCUGGCCUGUGGAUCCUCUUACUGCUCCCAUGGUGAUUUCAUCAAUGGAUGGUUACCGGAGGCUGCUGAGAAUAUGCUCAAUGAUCCGUCCAAGUCGGAGUUCUUCGCUAUUGAUGGACCUUUGGGUGACUAUAAUGCAGGAUCCGUGUGCGGAGCGGAGAAUGCAACUGAUAGCGACCCUGCUCACGGAACGAGCGAUUAUGCACAGAGUGUGCGCAUGAUGAAGAGCUCAAUGGUGAAGAAGAGACACUUUGCUAAGCAUCGUCGUGCUUGA